UGAAGAAGAGACAUGGAAAUAAAGACACUUCCGUGUUGGUUAAGCCUGAAAAUUCGCGGUUGGCUGUCUCUCACUGCCAUUGGAUCUAUUAGUGACAAAGUAGUAACAUAAAGUUCUUUAUAUUCAUCAUUCGACUAAGCGAGGAUGGCGGGUGGAAAACCGUGCCGAGUCUGCAAUUACACACGCCAGAAAUCUGUUGGCUUGGCUGUACCGUCUAUAGAUGAACUCAAGAUAAAGGGAGGGGAGUCCCUCGGUUUCAGUCCGAGCUCCUCAGUCAAGGUAGUCCUUGAAGAAGAUGGUACGAUUGUGGAGGAUCAAGCCUACUUUUUAUGUUUACCACUCAACACAAAGUUUAUGCUUUUGGCUGAAAAAGAGACGUGGUCACCAGUUAAAAAGGUGGAUGGCGGCACAGCGUGGAUGGCGCGGGACUCUGUGCUGAUGGACACAGAUGAGGUGGAUGCUGCUGUUUAUCCCUGGGUCAAUUUGGCUCAGCGGCUGAAGGAGGACAUGGCAAGUGUCAUCCUCAUGGCAGAGGCAGAUUUACAGAUGUUGAUAGAUGUCCCUCACGCUGAGCUGGCCUCUGCUCUGGGCUAUGACAAGAAAAGAACCGAGGACCUCCAGGAGACACUGCAGAGAUAUUUGGACAGAAAGGAAGAGGAGAGACAGUCUAAAGAGCUGCUACAGCUUUACUUCAAAGCUAUGAAUCAAGGGCAAGGCCCUGAACAUCAAACGGAGUCUGGAGUGGGAAACUUGGAUGUCCCUGAUGGGAUGGAGGUUGACUCAGCGUCUGGGUUCCUGACUCGGACGAUCAUGGUUCUGAAAGGAAAAACUAGCCCUGAAACCAGGCUCUCCACAGAAGACCUGCAGCUGGUGGUGAGUCGAGGAGUGGAACCCAUGGAACAGAUUUUGGGCUGGGACAGAGGCAGGACGUCCUCUCUGCUGCAGGCCUGUGAGGCAGAGCUGAAGAAGAGACUUGAGCAGAUCCGGGCAGUCCAAUUCCUCAGGAGUAACUCUCAAAUUGACAGCAACCCAACACAAGACCGCACAAGCACAGAGCAGGACACAGUGGCCCAGGGUGACCAGUAGAGGAUGGCCUUCACCUGAGAAAAGACUGCUAAAGAGUUCAUAUUACUGCCUCAGGGUUGAAGGAAUUGGCUGUUACUAAGAAUAUCUGUGAUACAAAUGUUAAUAUUAAUUUUAUACCACUUUGCCGGCUUUAACCACUUGGAACUGGGUGACUAGCUGCCAAAACUAAUUACCAAUUUGGGUACUUUUCAUAUUUUUCUUUGUUAUGCAAUGGUAAUGUGACAUGUUUUAUGAACAUCUCUUUUUAUUUAUGUUUUUUUUUUUUUAUUCUUUAUGUUUACUCCAUAGAUUUUGUCUAAAAAGAAAGUGUAUUUUUGUAUUUUCCUGAGAGGGUCUUAAUGUAAUCAUUGUUUAUGAUUCAGUAAUGAGGGGAAAUCAACCACACUUUCAUAAUUUACUGUAGUUGAUAAGUUGAACUAACUUUUAAUGCCUUCUUAUUGGAAUGCAUCUGAAGGCUCAAACCAUUUUACAGCAUUGUUGUACCACAGAACAUGCAAUACUUUUCUGUGUUUGUUUCCUCCAGCUUCAUAAAUACAGUGUAAUUACA